GCGGAGAGGGUUCUCCGCCCCUCGAGCGCCGGAGGGCAGUCCGCGCAGGAGGACGGAGGCACCGCUUGGCAUACCUGAGAGUGAUGGCAUCUCCACCCCCGUCCGAUGUCCCCUGCUCCUGCGACUGCUUUGUCUCUCUUCCACCGGCUUCUGCCAUCCCUGCGGUCGUCUUUGCCAAGAACUCAGACCGGCCUCGGGAUGAGGUGCAGGAGGUGGUACUGGUCCCUUCGGGGACUCAUGCCCCAGGGAGCCGGAUCCAGUGCACUUACAUCGAGGUGGACCAAGUGGAAAGAACUCACGCUGUGAUCCUGAGCCGGCCAGCCUGGCUGUGGGGGGCUGAGAUGGGCGCCAAUGAACAUGGUGUCUGCAUUGGCAACGAGGCUGUGUGGACACAAGAGCCAGUGGGUCAGGAAGAGGCCCUGCUUGGCAUGGAUCUGCUCAGACUAGGAUUAGAACGGGGCAGCUCAGCCCAGGAGGCCUUGAAGGUCAUCACCAACUUGCUGGAGCAAUAUGGGCAGGGGGGAAGCUGCCGAGAGGACCCCACUCCCUUCUGCUACCACAACACUUUUCUGCUGGCUGACCGAAAAGAGGCUUGGGUGCUGGAAACAGCAGGGAAACUUUGGGCUGCACAGAAGAUCCAAGAGGGUCCCCGGAACAUCUCCAACCAGCUGAGCAUCGGCACAGACAUCACCGCUGAACACCCAGAGCUGCGGGCCCAUGCCCAGAAACAGGGAUGGUGGGAUGGGCAAACCACCUUUGAUUUUGCCCAAGUCUUUUCAUUGGUCCACCAACCUGUGCGCAUGGAGGCUGCCAAAGCACGCUUUAAGGCUGGCCGGGAACUCCUAAAGCAAUAUCAAGGCAGCAUCACAGCAAAGACAAUGAUGGGCAUCCUUCGGAAUAAGGAGAGUGGUAUCUGUAUGGAUUCUGGAGGCUUCCGAACUACAGCCAGCAUGGUGUCUGUCCUGCCCCAGGACCCCUCUCAGCCCUGUGUCCAUUUCCUCACUGCCACACCAGACCCCAGCAGGUCAGUUUUCAAGCCCUUUGUGUUUGGGUUGGGGGUGGCUCAGGCCCCCCAGGUCUUCUCCCCUACUUUUGGGGAUAAAGAUCCUGUCCGGACUCACCCACGAUUUCAGACCCAGGUGGACCGACGACACCCACUCUACCGUGGGCACCAAGUAGCCCUGGACCUUAUGGAGAGUGACCAGGAAGAAGGAAAGCAACUCCAGAAGAAACAGCAGGAUCUUGAGCAGGAAGGACAGGAGGUUCUGAGGAAACUACUAGCUGGGGAACAGUCUCUGUCUCCCCAGGAUAUAGCCAGCCUUUUCCAGGCCUUUGUGGAAAAGGAAAGCCAGGCUUAUGGCCAUCAACUAUAACCUCUCACUAGGGCCCAGAUGUCCUUGUUCAGGCUGCAGGAGAGUUGUUGCAUUUUAUUCCCUCAUUCCGAACUUUGCCCUGGUCUAAUAGUGCUGAUUCAAUAAACUUGUUUUCUGUUCCUUUA